CAGCAGACACCAGAGGAAGCGCUAUAGAGAGAGAGAGAGAGAGAGAGACGACCUCAUUUACCCAAAAUCGCAAUCGUUGAUCAAAGAUUAAGAGACUCAGAGAGAGAGAGAGAGAGAUCCAAGCAAACAUUAUGGAUCUUUGGGUAAUACUGCAUCAGGUGUGCCUGCAUGUGCUGGACGUUUUUAAGAUCUACUUAAAGUUUGCAUUCCUCACGCUGAUCGUCUACCUGGUGGCCGAAUGGUAUAUCAUACGCUAUGGCGCUGAGCUGGAGGCCCAACUGGAUGCCCAUCUGGUGGAGGGCGCCGAGCGGCCAGAGGACACCGACGAGCGGGCCGCCUCGAAUACCACUCUCGGCAAGGUGUUUCGGUUUGUGGUGAACUUUUUCAUCCUAUAAACAGGUGAUGGAUCGAACACAGUAGCCACCAACAACCAAUACACUGAGCGACCAAGGUCAAUCACGAAGUUGAAUCGAUUUUCUGUCUUUCGCGGAAUUGUAAUUCGAUUCAGCAGACAGGCCAGGCAGGCAGGCAGCAGGCAACAUCUCAAGGCUCCGCCCCGUUAAGAGAAUGUACAAAAACUUAUGAUACAAUCGAACCAGUUGCACAUUAAGCAACAACAAUAAAACAAUAACAAUAAGGAGCGAACUGUAAAAAAACAA